CCCGGACGCGGGGCGGAGCCGGUGUUGGCCGGGCGAGGCGAGGCCAGGCGGCGCGGCGCGGCGGGCCAGAGUGGUGGCGGCAGAAAAGGAGAAGGAGGAGGAGGAGAAUGGCAGCGGAGCGGGUCGGCAGGAAGGGACACAGCCCCCGGGAGCCCGGGGUGGCUCUGCAGCGGCGACAGGCCCGGGUCACUGCGCGCUACGAUCGCAGCGAGCUGCAGAGGCGGCUGGACGUGGAGCGAUGGAUGGAGGAUCGGGUCCGGGAGCUGUACGGGGAGCAGACAGACAAGAUGCCAGAGGAGGUGAACAUCGAUGAUCUGUUGGACCUACAGAGUGACGAGGAGCGAGGAAAUUAUCUGCAGAUUAUGUUUACCUCCUGUGGCCAAAACACAGAAGAAUUCAUCAGGGAGCUGGUAACGAAACUCCAGGGGCUCCACAAGGUGCAGGUGCAGAGAGUGGGGCUUCAGGAAGGCAAGCAGCACUGAGACGCGCCACUCACUCUGUCAGCUCUCGUUCGGACCUCCUCCCAAGUUACUGCCCCAUCAGAGUCACCCCACAAUUGCCCUCGGACCCCAACACCUCCCACCGAUGCAGAAUAAGCUUUCAAAGGAAGUUAUCUUGCCAAAUAUAUUAUGUUCUGUUUGAUGCUGUUUUAAUAUUCAGAUUAAAGUUUACAAUAACUCAGUGACGAUGUUUUACGUGUAACCACAGUCCCAGCUUGUGUCCAUGCUGUGGACUGCUGAUUCGGCGGGACAGGUUCAGAAUCCGAGUUGAGUUUAGUAUUACCGGCACGUGACGUGAAACUUGUUGUUAUGUGGCAGCAGUACAUUGCCAUAUGUAAUAAUAAAAGCUGUAAAUUACAGUAAGUACAUAUAUUAAAAAAAGUUAAAUUAAUUAAGUAGUGCAGAAAAAAAGAGGAAAAAAAGUACUGAGGUAGUGUUCUUGGAUUGAAUGUCUAUUCAGAAAUCGGAUGUUCCUGAAUCGCUGAGUGUGUGUGUCUGCAGGCUCCUGUACCUCCUCCCUGAUGGUAGCAAUGGGAAGAGGGCACGUCCUGGGGGAUGGGGGCUCUUAGUCCUUUUUUGAGCCAUCGCUCCUUGGAGGUGCCCGGGAUGCGACAGAGGCUAGUGCCCGUGAUGAGGCUAAGCUUACAUCUGUCUGCAGUGGCACCACCCCUCCCCACUCCCCCCACACCAGACGGUGAUGCAGCCAGUUAGAAUGCUCUCCACGGUACAUCGGAGAAACCUGCACGUGCAUUUGGUGACAUACCACAUCUCCUCAAACUCCUAGUGAAUAUACCUGCCGCUGUGCCUUCUUUGCAGCUGCGUUAGGCCCAGGUUCGAUCCUCACAGACACCGAGACCCAGGCACCUGAAAGCAUUCGAGUUCCCCAGCCUUUCACCAAACUUUGCAUGCAGCUUGUCCCUUCGCUCCUGUGCCCAUCACCCUGCGGUUCUCAGAUGAAAACAAGUAUUUCAGCCACAGUCAGAGCAGAUGUUUGUCCGAACCUGUCGGAGGAAUUCAAAUAGGAACAGAAGAAAAAUUCACCCCUCCCUGAUUCAGGACUAAUCGCCCAGUUUGUGCCUGGGUGGCCAUUCACUAACUCUGCUACGAGGCCCUGUGGGUAGGGAAGUUGGAGGGCGACGAAGCAUGAAUCGGCCUUGUUCCUGCUCUCCACGGCUCACGCACUGCCACCAGAGGCAGUGGGUUCCAUUCGGCAGUUACCGAGGAGCCAAUGGCGGUGAAGCAGUUAAGUCCCUGGACCACCAGUUCAAAUCCCACCCACGCCAGCUGUAAAAUGUAAACUCGUGUAAUUAAAUAACUCUAGAAUUUAAAAGUCUUAACAGUAAUGAAUAAACUGCCUAAACACAUCUGUUUCUGUUUACUGGCAUUCUUUGGAGCAGUAAAUCUGCAGUUCUUGUCCAGUCUGGGCUCUGUGCGACUCCCAGGUCAUUUGUGAGGCUUGAGUUGUGGCUGCUAUCCCUACCUGGAGUGUUCAGAGCAAUUGAUGGUUCUGGGCCUGUACUCACAGGAGAUUAGGGAGAAUCUCACUGAAACCUAUCAAAUAUUGAAAGACCUAGGUCGAGUUGAUGUGAAGAGGUUGUUGCCUAGAGUGGGAGAGUCUAAGACCAGAGAGCACAACCUCAGAAUAGAGGGAUGUCCAAUGACACAGAACAUAGACCAGUAUAGCAUAGGAACAGGCCGUUCGGCCCACAAUGCUGUGCCGAACCAUCAAAAAAGCAAAUCAAAAACACUAAUCCCUCCUACCGACACAAUGUCCACAUCCCUCCAUGUUCCUCACAUCCAUGUGCCUAUCCAAAUGUCUCUUAAAAGCCUCUAAUGUAUUUGCCUCUACUACCAGACCAGGCAGCACAUUCCAGACAUCCACCACUCUCUGAGUAAAAAACUUACCCCUCACAUCCCCCUUGAACUUCCCCCUCUCACCUUGAAUGCAUGCCCUCUGGUAUUAAACAUUUCUACCUUGGGAAACAGAUACACUCUACUCUAUCUAUGCCUCUCAUAAUCUUAUAAACCUCUAUCAGAUCUCCCCUCAGCCUCUGGCACUCCAGAGAAAACAACCCAAGUUAUCCAGCCUCUCCUGAUAGCACAUGCCCUCUAAACCUGGCAGCAUCCCGGUAAAUCUCUUCUGCGCCCUCUCCAAAGCCUCAACAUCCUUCCUAUAGUGGGGCAACCAGGACUGUAUGUAAUACUGCAGGUGUAGCCUAACCAGAGUUUUAUAAUGUUAGAAAGGAGAUGAAGAGGAAUUUCUUUAGCCAGAGGGUGGUGAAUCUGUGGAAUUCGUUGCCACAGACAGCUGUGCAGGCCAAGUCAUUGGGUACAUUUAAGGCAGAGGUUGACAGGUUCUUGAUUGGUCAGGGCGUGAAGAGUUACAGGGAGAAGGCAGCAGACUGGGCUUGAGAGGGAUAAUAAAUCAGCCAUGAUGGAAUGGCACAACAGACACAAUGGGCUGAAUGGCCUAAUUCUGCUUCAAUGACUUAAAUAAAAGUUUGGAA